GUCCAUUGCAACUACAUGCAAAGGCUCCACACUGAAAACAGUAGCUUCCUCCUUUUCUAUUCUGGUUUUGUUCACAAAGCACCCUCCGUAUAAAUACCUCCUCCAUAGAAGUCAAUCUGCAUCACUCAUAAAAAAAUAAACCACUUCAGCUCUACUACUUAACACUAUGUCUACCGAGAAGAACAUAUAUAGAUCGAAGAAAGCCGAGGAUCGAGGUUUGCUGAUGCUGAGGCUGGUAAUCGGGAAGCUAGUGCACAAGAGUCUCUCGAUCUUAGCAUCUAGAGGCCCUCUCGAUCACCAUCGUCGUCACAAUGAUUUCCAUGAAGAAUCGGAAGUGACAACGGUGGUGCCAGGAGACAUUAAAGAAGGAUACUUUGCAGUUUUUGCUGUCAAGGGGAAUGAAGCAGAGAGGUUUGUGGUCAAAUUGGAGUCGUUGAGUAACCCUGAAUUUUUGAGGUUACUGGAAGAGGCCAAGGAAGAGUAUGGAUUUGAUCAGAAGGGUGCUCUUGUAGUUCCUUGCAGGCCUGAGGAAUUGCGUAAGAUUUUACAAAACUGCAGGAGGAAUAAGAGGAGUAGUAGAACAUGUAUUAAUAUUAAUUUUACAGUUAUACAAGGAUAUUAGGUAGCAACUCAAAUGAAACAAAUUUUCAUGUAAUUUUCAAGGUACGUAAUUAUUCAUGCAUAAUCUUUCUUUUUGUGUUCUUUUGCACGGUGUGUAGAACAAACUACACGGAAAUAAGAAAAUUCAAUCAAUCUUAUAUGAUGAUUUCUUCUGAGGCUAGUAGGGUGGGUUGACUAGGUUAUAGGUAAGGAGUAAGUUUAGUAAAGAGGGUUUUUGUUUUCUUUUUUUUUUGACAAACGAUCUUAACUAUAUUAAGAGAGUGUGGAAUGGGCUGAGUCUCACAAUGAAUAGUUUAUAUUCGUCUUUUGAGAGAAUCGGACCUAAAACCUCUCACUUACAAAUGAAGAGGAAUAUCAAUAAAUCGUAGUACUAAGUGGCAAGUUAAAUCAAGAGUUCUAUUCUCUUUCAUUGUGACAAAAA